AAUGAAGUGAACUGCACAAACCACUUAAUGAAUCCCGGUGAUGCUACUUACACAUGUUUCUGCAUGCCUGGAUGGACAGGGGAAACUUGCUCAGAUGAUUUUCGUGAAUGUGAUUCGAUGCCGUGCGAGAACAACGGAACCUGCAUGGAUGGCCAAAAUUAUUACAACUGCGCUUGUCCUCCAGGCUUCAAUGGAUCAUAUUGUGAACAUAUCUGUCCUGAUGGUACUUUUGGAGAUUACUGUACGGUGAGCUGUACUUGUGUGGAUGGGGCUAACUGCAGUAAUGUCGAUGGGAGCUGCACUUGUGAGCCAGCAUUUGGGGGAGCAGUUUGUGACAGAAGCGAGGUUACAGUCACAGCAAGUCGCACAUCUAACGAUACAAUAUCAAAGGGCGACGACUUUACACUAGCUUGUGAGGUCAAUCUCGCAGGGGAAUACCUCAAAGAAGUUGCUUGGUACAGAAAUGGUGACAAACUCCCGGUACAAUGGAUGAGGAUUACAGGGUAGACAGCAACCCUGCCAUGGGAAUGUACAACAUCACCAUCCUGGGAGCCGAUGUGGUAGAUACAGGGUCCUACCGCUGUGCUGCUGUGACAAUAGGAAAUAGAUUUAAUGCAUCAAGCGAAGCCAUUUCAGUUGAUG